AAAAUAGGGGAAAAAAAGUAAUAUAUACGGUGACCCGCGAUUAGCGUUAGCAGAAUCUCUGCUUCUUGCUUCUAUUGCGAAGGGUUUGUGACUUCGCUUCUCUGAUCUAAAAACCAUAUCCUCUCUGCGUUACUGUUUUAAAUGUCGGAAGAGUUGGAGUAUCGUUGUUUUAUAGGUGGCCUUUCAUGGUCAACCUCAGAUAGAGGUCUGAAAGAUGCAUUUGGAAAGUUUGGCCAUCUUCUUGAAGCAAAGGUGGUAGUUGACAAAUUUUCUGGCCGAUCUCGUGGAUUUGGAUUUGUCACUUUUGAUGAAAAGAAAGCAAUGGAUGAGGCCAUUGAAGCAAUGAAUGGGAUAGAUUUAGAUGGGCGUGCUAUUACUGUUGAUAAGGCCCAGCCUCAACAAGGUUCAGGUAGAGAUCGCGAUGGUGGACGUGAUCGUGAUGGUGGACGUGAUCGUGAUGGUGGACGUGACCGUGAUCGUGGACGUGACCGUGAUGGUGGGCGUGAUUAUGGAGGGGGACGCGGAUCUAAUGGCGGAGAGUGCUUUAAGUGUGGCAAGCCUGGGCAUUUUGCUAGGGAGUGCCCUAGUGAAGGGGAAAGAGGUGGCGGCAGGUAUGGUGGCAGGGAUGAUAGGCAUGGCGGUGGUUCUGGCGUUGGUGGUGGGAGUCGCUUCGGCCCAGACCGAAAUGGAGAUCGCUCUAGUGGGCGCAGCAGGGAUUCUGGUGGUCAUGGAGGUUCGGGAAGUGAUCGUUAUCGCGACCGCUCUGGACCAUAUGAGCGUCGAGGGUCUGGAGGCUUUCGUUCUUGAUAGGACAUGUUCUGAUUGUGCUUCAGAAUUGAAGAUCCUGUGGCUAUCAUCUAUGAUGCACUGCAGUUUAUUUUUAGAGGUUUUGGAAUCUUCAUAAUCGACAGUUGGAUCUAAGUAGUUGUUCGUCUUUUCAUGUGCAAAACUUGGCACAGUUGUUGAACCCUGUUCUGUGUCCAUAAAAUACUGACUUCAGUGUUUUGGUUCGUGGAGUCUGAUACUUGCUUGACAUGCACCUUCAAAUUUGGUCUUGUGCUCUUUGAAUGCCAUGAUUGCUGCUGGGUUUCUUCUGAGUAAUA